AUGGCUUUCCAGAGGAGGAAGUUCCCCCUCGUCAACUUCUCCUGUGGUGGCGAUCCGAUGAAGGUGUUGGUAGCUGUGGAUGAGGAGGCAAAGGUGGAGGCGGUGGAGGUGGUGGUGAUCGCGCCCAUGGUGCUCGGUGACAUGGAGGCGGAGGUGGUGGACAUAGCUCGGUCGCGAAGGUCACUCGUGCCUUAUCCACCUUGCCCCGACCACUCGUACCUCCACGCCCCUCGAUCCAGCCCGACGCCACCCUUGAUCUUCGCCGCCGCCGCCGCCGCCGCCGCCGCCCCCUUCUGCGCUGGCGCCGCCCCCGCCCGGGCCGCAUCGUGGCGUUCCCGCCCUGCACCGCGCGCCCCCGUCCCCGCCCUGCACCGCGCGCCCCCGUCUCCGUUCCGCACCGCCGCCAUCCUUCCUCGUCCCGCACCGCCGCCGUCCGUCCCCGCACCGCACUGCCGCCGGCCGUCCCCGCCCGCCCCGCAUCGCCGUCGGCCGUCCCCGCCCGGCCCCAUCCCCGCACCGGCCCGGUCGUCCCUGCCCCCUUCCUGGCCCCGUCGUCCACACCCCCUUCCUGCCCCACAUCUGCUGGUGAGGUGGCCGUGGCCGCGGCUCCGGCGGUCCGGCGCCCCCUUGCCGGCCCUCUGCUACUGGCUUUCUGGUGUUGCAUAUCUUUGGAGUCAUCGUCAUCGAAGGCAUUGGUCUGUGAUUUCAUCGCUGUUUGACUACUUCGUCUACAGUCGAGGACUCGGUUAUUUUGAAAUACAUGAAGUGCCAGCACAGCAGGCUAAAUGUCUUGUUGGAUCUACACAAGUCGCGAAUUCUCGUCGAAAGCUACCAGUGCAGAGCUCUUUCAAAUUUGAGGCUGCUUGGUUGAGAGCUCCUGAUUACAAGGAAACCAUGGAAAAGGCCUGGACCGUGAAGAGAUCAGGACACACUUCUCUUGGUGAUACUUGGUCCAACUUGAAUAUGUUAUCAGGGUCUCUAAAAGAUUGGAGUGUCACUUCAUUUAGGUUUUACAAAAGAAAUCAGACAAAAGGAACUUCAGUUAAGGCGAUUGAGAACAGGGCCUAGAUUAGCAGAGGCUAUUGCUGAAGAACUGAGUGUGGAAAAGAAGUCGUGUGAAUUGUUUGAAAGAGACGAAAUUAUGGCUCGUCAAUGCUCUAGAGUGGACUGGUUAAAGGAGGGUGACCAUAACACUGUUUUUUUCCAUGCUCGAGCUUCUGCACGUAGAAGAACAAAUAGAAUUUCUUUGCUUAAACGCGCAGAUGGUUCAAUUUGUGAGGAUCUCCCUGAGACUAGAAAUAUGAUCAAGAAUUUCUAUGCUGAUUUAUUCUCCUCGGAGGACUGUUCCUAUAUGCCUUGGGUUCUGAAUGCCGUACAUUGUAAAGUCACAGAUGACAUGAAUUCAGAAUUGUGUAAACUUAUACCAAUGAAGAAAUCAGAAAAGCUCUAUUUUCA